GAGCCUUUCGAACCUCCAGAUCUCUUGAUCUGCGAAGGAAACUGGACGGAAGCAGAAAAAGAUCCAGACACCUUUCGUGCCCUAGUCCAGGAAGAGGUUGCUCAAGGUUGGUUGGAGAAGGUAGGCGCGCUAGAGCAGGCGCAGGCAAGGUGGCCAGACAUGGUCGCCGUCGGCCGGUGCAAUUUGGUUAAAUCCGAGGGUCGCGAAACUAGAUUGGUGUUGGAUUCCUCGGUACCCAAUGCAUCUUUCCUCAUCCCCGAAAAAUACUCUCUUCCUGGACUCAGUGACGUGCGGGCCGCCUGGCCCUUGCGCGGGCGCACAGAAGAGGCUGAGCUGUUCGCGGUGGACAUCCGUGCGGCGCACAAGUCAGUGCGCGAUGAUUGCGUGUGCGUGGUGGCCCCGCCGGGUCGUGUAGCUGUGGGCUCUGUAGCCCGCAGCUUUGCGUAG